AUGCAUCUAGAGAUAAAGGUGGCCCUGAACUUCAUCGUGUCCUACCUGUACAACAAGUUGCCUCGACGUCGAGCUGACCUCUUCAGUGAGGAGCUAGAGAGAAUAUUGGUUUCUCGUUUUGAAGGACACUGGUACCCCGAAGCCCCUCUCAGGGGUUCUGCUUUCCGCUGCAUCCAUUUAGGAGCACCAAGGGACCCUGUGGUGGAGCUGGCCGCCAAAAGAAGCGGACUGGACACGGAGGAGGUGCGUGCAAAUGUUCCUGCAGAGCUCAGCGUGUGGAUAGACCCUUAUGAGGUAUCUUACCAGAUCGGAGAGAAGGGGCAAGUGAAGGUGCUCUACCUUGAGGACCCCCCAGGCCUUGGUUGUGACAGUGAGCGGGCUGAGGGCCAGAUAAAAGAGUGCAAAAAGGAAGCAGAGGCUGAGGAGGCCAAGAACCUUGGCUUUAACCCUGACGCACAAGUGUUUGUUCCAGUUGGAAGUCAGGCGUCUCCGGCCCUCAUGCCAUCCCUCUCCAGCUCUCCCACACCUCUGUCUACUCCGUCUUGCCCCGGGCUCUUCAGCUACCCUAACUCCAGUACACCCACAGACCCUGCGGCCCACUCUUCCAACACCUCCACUCCUCCUCCUCCCAGCAGUGGGCUGCCCUACCUCUCUACUCAGCAGCUGCCCUCCACUCUUCCUCCCACCCGCCCGCAACCCAUCACCUUCACCACCGCCAGCUUCGCCGCCACUAAAUUUGGCUCCACUAAAAUAAAAAAGUCCAGUGGCGCUGGGUCGGCGUCCGGCUCUGGCGUCAUCGUGCCGCCUUCUCAGAGGAUGCUGACCCGUUCUCCCACCACCAUCUCAGCGCCAGAGCUGCUCAAGCACAAGCCCCUGUCUCUGUCUUUGCACUCACUUGGAGGUCCCAUCCCCAGCCAGCUCUCGCCCAGCGCCAAAGAGUUCGUCUACCCAGGAUCCCCGGGCCCCCUUUACUUUGACACAGACACCCAGUCCAUGCAGCCUCAUACCAGCCAUUUCCAACAUGCUGUCGGUGCCAAUCCGACCUUUGACCCGUUCUCCAGCUCUCCUGCUCAGAGCGUGGGCAUCAUUGGCAGCAACGGAGGGAUCUCGUACAUGGAGAAGCCUCCAUUUGUUGACGGUUUAGGAAGCUACAGUUUGCAAUAUCCCAGCCAGUCCUUCCAGCCCGUUGUGCUGGCCAACUAAGCCUUCAUUUGUAAUAAGAACUGUUGAAAUGAAAAGUUGGACAAUGCUCCAUAUGUUCAGUUUUUCUAACAAAUUGUACUAACCCU